GAUGAAUCCAACAUGUCGGGGAAUCACAGACUGCUGGUGAAAAACGCCAAACAGGUGGUUUUAAUCUGCAACAACGGAGAGAGAUUCCUCACCAAGGAUGGGAUACAGGAUCUGUGUGUGAUAGAGAAUGGGAGCGUAGUGAUAGGAAGUGAUGGUCUGAUUAAAGCCGUGGGUCCUGCUGGUGUGAUCAGAUCUCAGUAUUCAGAAUCGUCCUUUGAGAAAGUGAUCGAUGCUGCAGGGAUGUGUGUGCUGCCCGGUCUGGUUGAUGCUCACACACAUCCGGUCUGGGCUGGAGACCGGGUGCAUGAAUUUGCAAUGAAGCUGGCUGGUGCCACCUACAUGGAUGUGCACCGAGCAGGAGGAGGGAUCCACUUCACGGUGGAGCACACCCGAGCAGCGGGGUCCCUGGAGCUGCUGGCCUCCCUCAGCAGCAGGCUGGUCCGGAUGCAGCGAGCGGGGACGACCCUGGUGGAGUGUAAGAGCGGGUACGGCCUGGAGCUGCAGACCGAGCUGAAGAUGCUGGAGGUGAUCGAGGAGGCCAGACGCUCCCUGCCUAUCAACAUCUCCUCCACCUACUGUGGAGCCCACGCUGUGCCAAAAGGGAAGAGCAUGGUAGAGGCCACGGAGGACGUCCUGCAGGUCCAGCUGCCUCGGCUGAAAGAGAAGAUCUCUGAAGGACGUCUGAGAGUCGACAACAUCGACGUGUUCUGUGAGCAGGGCGUGUUUGACCUCGGCUCCACCCGCUCCAUCCUGCAGGCCGGCAAAGACAUGGGCCUCAACAUCAACUUCCACGGAGACGAGCUUCACCCCAUGAACUCUGCUCAGCUUGGAGCAGAGCUCGGAGCGUUGGCCAUCAGUCACCUGGAGGAGGUCACAGACGAGGGCAUCGCUGCCAUGGCAAGAUCCAAAACUGCUGCCGUGCUUCUGCCGACGACAGCGUACAUCCUCAGGCUGCCUCAGCCUCGUGCCAGAGACAUGCUGGACACCGGUGUGAUCGUCGCUCUCGGCAGCGACUUCAACCCGAACGCUUACUGCUGCUCCAUGCCUAUAGUCAUGCACCUGGCCUGUGUCAACAUGAAGAUGUCCAUGCCUGAAGCUCUGGCUGCAGCCACCAUCAACGCGGCCUACGCACUCGGGUCCUCCCACACACACGGCUCCUUAGAGGUCAACAAACACGGGGACCUGCUGAUCCUGAACACCACCAGGUGGGAGCAUCUGAUCUACCAGCUGGGCGGACAUCAGGAGCUGAUCCGUUACGUCAUCAUUAAAGGAAGUGUUGUGUGUGAUAACGACAAAACUUUGAGUCUAUAACAACAAAAUAACUUCAUUCUGAGUUAAUCUGAUGACUGAAGGUAGUUUAAGUAAUACUAAUAGUCAGCUGUAGUUUGUAUUCAGCUGAACUUUAAAGCUCCUGUGAGGAACUUUUGGCUUGUGUUGAUUUUGGCGCCCCCUGUGGACAAAGUGAUACCUCUUAUCGGUUGCUGAUUUUGUGCUGAACAUGUGUAAGCUGUAUUUUUUUUUAGCAUAAUGUCUCAGGCUGCUUUCUUUAAAUAAUCAAAUG